AUGGGCACGAUGGAAGAGGAGAUGGGGGGGGGUGUCUCUUCCUUUAUGAUUUCUCUUUUAUGUGUGUGGGAAGCUGCAGAGUGUAGGGCAAGAAGAAAUCACCCAAUCCAGGAGAAAGUGAUACGUCAUGUUCUCUUGCUGCAAUUAUUUAAGGCAUUAUUGCGGCAACGGGGAUCUCGCGUUGAAUUGCCCAUUUCUUAUUUUGGUUCUCGUUCCACGAAUUGUUUAGGGACAAACUGGGAGCAGCAUUACAUCUCAUCUUUUCCACGUGGUUAA